GAAAUCACCUCCACUCCUCUCUACUCAAGAACAACCUCAACAACCAGCACCAUGUGUGGCUACUACGGGAACUACUAUGGCGGAAGAGGCUAUGGCUGCUGUGGCUAUGGAGGCCUGGGCUAUGGCUAUGGAGGCCUGGGCUGUGGCUAUGGCUCCUACUAUGGCUGUGGCUACCGUGGACUGGGCUGUGGCUAUGGCUAUGGCUGUGGCUAUGGCUCACGUUCUCUCUAUGGCUGUGGCUAUGGCUGUGGCUCUGGCUAUGGCUCCGGAUUUGGCUACUACUACUGAGGACACCAUGGGAGACUAAACUUCCUCUAACUGUAAUGUCAGGACUUUGCCAUUCUUCACCUCAUAUAUUCUAAGCCUUCUGCUUAGUUACUGGACAUCUACAUCACAGAUUUCUGAUAUGUUUACUGAAGUCGUGGUUUCUUCUGUGUCUCAUAUGUGCCAUCAAUCGUUUUGAAAAUUUGUUGUAAAAAGAGGGAGAAUGUGAAAUGCUUAGUCUGUGUGCCUAAAUCAU